GGAAUCAUUUUUUAAUGUCCUCUAUUUUCCUAAGAUUUGUAAUAAUAUUCUACGAAUCAAACAAUGGAGUCGAGUUCUUUAGAUUUUGUGGCUCAGUCCUGUAUGGAUUUAACGGAAGCAAUGAAUGCUGCGAGCAACGAAGCUGAGCGAGAUUCUUUAAUUACCAAUCACAUAAAGAAAGUUUCGUUAUCUGUAGGACCUAUUGAGGAUUUUAAGAAAAAUCUGGAAUGGGUGAAUGUAUCGGAGCCAAUUUCAUUGUCGAACCACUGUACGGAUAAAAUCGUAGUGUUGGACUUUUGGACAUAUUGCUGCAUAAAUUGUUACCAUGUACUUCCUGAUCUUGCACACUUGGAGAAACUACACAAAGUUGAAGAUGGGCUUGUGGUGAUUGGAGUUCAUUGUGCUAAAUUUUCAAAUGAAAAGGAGACUUCAAACAUUCUCUCAGCUGUGCAGAGGUACAACAUACAUCAUCCUGUGGUUAAUGAUGCCAAUAGUACCUACUGGGAUGCACUUGGCAUUAGGUGUUGGCCUACACUACUCAUACUGGGGCCAGGUAGUAAGCCCAUAUUUGUUCUGACUGGGGAAGGGCACAGAGAUGAAUUGGUGUGGUAUGUAGGGGCUGCAUUGAGACACUUUGGAACUCGUAUCUCUAACAGUUCUUUGGCGACUAUUAUAGCUCCUGCAAAGCAUGUGAUGGCUAAAGAAGAGGAAACAUUAAGCUUUCCUUCGAAGGUAGCUCUUAAUCCGUUCUACCGCGGGCGCGCUGAAGAACCGUUCCUAGCUGUGAGCGACACUGGCCACCACCGCAUUUUGUUGACCGAUUGCUCUGGACUGAUCUUGCGCAUAAUUGGCGGUAACACGCCAGGUUUCAAGGAUGGCAAAUUCCAUGAGGCGCAGUUUAACUCGCCUCAAGGCUUGUGCUGGCUAUCCAGCAAUGUGUUGGCGGUGUGCGAUACCAACAAUCAUGCAUUGAGAGCGAUACAUCUCGACGACGGUUCUGUAGAGGUACUUGCUGGCAAUGGACAACAAUCUGUGCAUGGCGAUUUGGGCGGCAAGUGUCUCGGCAUGCAACCUCUCUCGUCUCCAUGGGAUGUUCUGCUGUACACGACGCCAGACAUGGACAUGUCUGUGCGACCGCUACUGCCCCCGCCCCCCGCGCCGCCUGGACCCGCCUCCGAUAAAGACAAGGAUGGAAACGAAGAAACAAAGGACAAAGAAAAAGACAAGAAAGACGAGAAACGUCGCGUAUUGCUGAUCGCGUGUGCUGGCUCACAUCAGAUAUGGGCGCUCUUCCUCGACAACACCAUUUGGUGGAAAUACAAAUCGCAUACAGAAGGUACUUGCGUAUGUAUUGUGGGCUCAGGCGCAGAAGCAGCUCGCAACAGCGCUUAUCCCACCACGGCUGCAUUUGCACAGCCUUCGGGCUUGGCUUUAAGAUCAGGAUCGAGUCCAGAAGUGUUUAUAGCGGACUCUGAAAGUUCUUCCAUAAGGAGGUUGGCUUUAUCGACUGGUCAGGUGUCUACUCUCUGUGGCGGGGAUCGUAAUCCAUUGAAUCUAUUCGCGUUUGGCGACGUGGACGAUAUUGGCGUCGAGGCGAAACUACAACACCCGCUCGGCGUAGCAUAUUGUGAAUCUAACAAAACUCUAUACAUCGCAGAUACCUAUAAUCAUAAGAUUAAAAAGGUCGACGUGGGCUUACAGAAAGUCACAACUUUAAAUCCAACUUUAAUUGAAAGCCCCGAUCCAGUAACCUUCAAUGAGCCUUCAGGCCUCGCCGUCAGCAUUGACGGUAAAUACCUUUAUAUCGCGGAUACAAAUAAUCACAGCAUAAAAUUGCUAAACUUGGUGAAAAACGUGUGCCAAGACUUCAAAGUACGACUUCCAGACCCCAAGUUCAUUGAACCUGAAAAUUUGAUAUUGUACAAAAAUGACUUGUUUGUCAAUAGAAAAUGCGGCAACUUGAUUAUAUAUUUUAAUGUUAGUUUGGACUCCGACACGAGGAAUGUGAAGUUUACUCCAGGGGCGCCGCAGAAUUGGCACGUUUGCGUUCGAGACGAAAACAAUAAAGACGUAACUUUAGAUGACUUUGAGUUUGUGGGCAGUUCUCAUAAAGGGAAUAAACUCCCCGGCCGAGUGGAAAUGAAACUUAAACAAAGAACGGAUAAGACACAUUAUCGGCUGUACCUUAGCUUCCACACGUCAUUAUGCGACGCAUCUGUAUGUUUCUCGCAUUCCUUUACAAUCAGGUCAACUAUCUUAGUGCGAGAUUCUGUUAAAAUGGUCGAGUCGUACAAAAUAACUUGCAAAGUGAACCCUGUUAACAGAACGGACAAGACUGAAUCGAAAUAGAAAGAACUUUAUUGAGACAUCUAUCUCCCAGCUUGAGUACAAAUUGUAGCUUAUUACACAGCAAGCAGUAUUCGUUAAGAUUUUUGCACUUUUAUUAAUAUAGCUUUAAGUUGAAACAUAAAUAAUUUGAUUAUUUUUAAGUUGAUAAUAUGUGGUUGUUAUCAAGUGAGGAAUAAU